AUGCGUAAUUAUCGUGAUUUUGGUGUAUGUGAAAUUUGUGGAGACAAGAUAGAAAAGAAGUACCUUCUGCAGAGUAGCGACAACAUAUUUUACUGCAAAGAUUGUUUCAGGAAGAGAUUUUCUUCAGCUUCAGGUGACCAAACUAUAAAAAAUGCAAAACAAUUCGCUCUUCGGAAAUCUCAGAAGUUAAUUCCUUAUCCAGAGAUGUACACAUUGCAGAAAAAUAACAGAAACUUGAGAAAUUGUACGUCAAGCAUAAUGUCACUUUCCAAAAGACCAUUGCAGUGUCCAAAAGCUGAGUGCAAUAAAUAUGUAUCAAUAUUUACACUCGAGUCCCACUUCAAAUAUGAACACAAAGAAGUCCCAAUUAUACUAACACAACUUGAUGCACGCAGUGCAUUGGAAUUUUAUCCAAGAGACGUGAGAUAUGGCAUAACGCAGUGUAUCGUUUUGCUAAAUGUCAUCGACUAUGAUUUUUCCAAUGUUCUUCCUCGGUACACUAGUAGCUACUGCAGCAAAACCAAUCUUCAAUCGCUGGAAUCUAAACCAGUCAUGUUCCUCUUGGCAACUAGAGUGGCAAAUCAUCAACUGGCAAAGGAAGCGGGUCAUACAGCUUGCGAUUCUGAUGAAAACUUGGAUUCUCCCAGAACUUUUACCGAGAAUGACGUCCUCCUUCCAGACGACAAAAUUAUUAUUUGGAUGGCAUCGAACGUCUUCACAAGCUUGAGCUAUACCGUUGCAGCGUCAACACUCUCUAACAAAAUCCGACAGAAGUAUUUCGGACCUAUGAUGACUCUGGGAGACAAUCCGACUGAAUUAUGCCACGAAGGAAAUUGUUUGAUCCUUACCCAUUUCCAUGUAAAUGGAAUGUCGGAAAAUGGCUUAAAGCCCUUGGCGCUGGAUGUUGUAAUACAUAGUCCGGAUUAA